AUGGGGUUGAAGGAACAAGUUUUGUCCAAGGCUAGCCUGCUGUAUGGUUUUACGAACCACCGAGUUAAGGUGAAGGGUUCUAUCACUUUGCUAGUUACCUUGGGAGAUGGUGAGCAUACGACUACAGAAUAUGUACAGUUUUUUAUUGUGGACCAUCCUAUGGCAUUUAACGCCAUUUUCGGGCGUCUAAUAAUGAGAACAGUGAAGAUGGUGGUAACAAAAUUUUCUAUAAAGAUCAAAUUUUCGACAAGGACAGGGAUCAAGUUCAGGCGAUCUGACCAGCGAACAACAAGGAAAUGUCAUAUGUUGUCUGUGAAACAGGCACGAGAGCCUCUAUUCAAUGAUGACGAAGAAAGGACAAUAAAGAUUUCAUUAGUAUUAUUACCUGAACAAAAGAACACUUUGGUUUACUAUUUGAAGGUGAACUCGAAUGUUUUUGCCUGGUCAGCAGUAGAUAUGCUAGGGAUAGACCCACAGGUAAUUGUCCACAGGCUAAAUAUACUCCUUGAAGCGAUGCCGGUUAAGCAGGAAAAGAGGAAGUUUGCUCCGCAGGUUGUAGAAGUCGUGAGGCAAGAGGUAGGUAAACUAUUGUUGGCAGGUUUUAUCAAGGAAGUUGAAUAUCUAGACUGGGUCUUAAAUAUGGUCAUGGUGAAAAAGGCAAACGGCAAAUGGAGGAUGUGUAUUGAUUUCACCAACCUUAACAAAGCAUGCCCCAAAGAUAGCUUCCAUUUACCCUCGGUUGAUCAUUUAGUUUAUGCUUCUGUAGGUCACAGGUUCAUGAGCUUUAUGGAUGCCUUUUCAAGUUAUAACCAGAUUUUAUUGGAUCAAAGUACUAGGUGA